UGUCUAUCCAGUUGAAUCUUAGUGCUUUAGUAGAUUAUGCCUUUCUAAGAUCACGCUUUUAUCGGGGUUGAAUCUAGACAGCGAGCAAAAAUGAGAGGAACCAGAAAAUCUACCCUUAUGACUCCGGAUCCGUACCAUAUACCUGGUUAUUGCGGUUAUUGCCCACAAUUCAAGUACCAAAUUGGCGAAACUUUCGGAAGAACAACCUCUCAGCUUUUGACAACAUCAAGUGUGGCUUGCUCUGGCAGGCCUGUACUGUCCGACAUUACUCCACAUCCUCGACCGCCGAAGGACAACAGGAGAUCUUUGAUAGCUGCGCGUUGCAAAAAUCUCGGGGAUCAGAAAUUGUGCGAUGAAAUGGUGCCGAACUAUACAGGCUAUAUACCAAAAGGAGAGCAUUACUUUGGAAAGCCUUACGCAGACACAUGUCUAAGCGCUAUUGCAAGUUUCCAAGAAGACCAAGUGAAAAAUCAUCAGAAGAUCCGCGACCUUAGGACAAUCGCAGAGCUACAAAAAGGCAAAGACGUUCCCAAAGAACUGAUCUCCAGUGAUACCCUGAUUACGACCAAGUACCAGACUCCUCUCAAGUCAAUAACUAUUCGCCCUAAGGCGUAUUAUUCCCCAUUUGCUCUACAGCAUUCGCUCUCUCCAUUCAUUAUGAGUAACGACGACCCGAAGAAAUUCCUCAUGUCGGGAUACACGGGAUUCGUUCCCCGAGCCAGGGGCGAAAUGGGAAUGGGCUAUCCAUCGUUGACGAAUAAAGCGCUGUGUGAUUUUGCGGUUGAAAGUGACAGGCUGAAGCGGGUCAAGGAGCUUCCGAUAACUGUCAAUCGACCCGAGAUCAAACUCGUCGACACCAAGCCGAUUUACAUCCGAGGUUCGGGUCAAGUUCCUCAUUACACUGGACAUGUGCCAGGUGAGAAGUUCCGUUAUGGAAUGACAUUUGGGUACAGCACUCAGAACGCAACGCCUAUGAAAGCCCUAACCGCCUAAAGACAUUACUUACCGCGUUUAUGCAAUAUGUGUAUCAAAGAAUUUUGGUUAAAACUGAAGAUUGUUGGAGAAAGUAACUAAUAUCUUAUCGACAGUUGUGCAAGUUUAAUUCAAAACAUUUAUUUUAUAUUCCCAAAAGGAUCAUUAUCAGUCAGCUAUUCUGUUAAUGUUAAUAAAAAUUUUAACAAGAAAA